CUCGCGAUUUUAUCGCCGGCCACCUGCGACCAUGGUGGAGAAGCACCAUUGCCGUCAAUGCAAUACGUGGAUCCAAGGAGAUCGCAUUAGCAUUCGAAACCAUGAAGCAAGCCAGAGGCACAAGGAACGCGUCACGGCGAAUGCCACGCAUCGAGCGGCAGAGAAGGAGAAAGCGGAUCGAAAUGAGUCAGAACGGCUGAUGGAACUCGAAGAAGUCGAGUGUAAUGCGCGAGCAAGGUUUGCGAUGGACAUGCGCGGCCGGUCCACGGCGGUUGCAUCCGACAGAUACGACGUGCCCAUCGGUGCAGGGCCUGUCUUGUUGCCUCCUCAACACGAAGAGGACGAUGAUGACAUUCCGCCCCCACCACCUCCCCGUCGACACAAGAUGACACCGCCACCGCCGCCGCCACGACCGCAGCACGUCGCCCAGCAACACCAGCAACAUCACCAUACAUAUCAAGCGGCCGCCGAAGCUGCUCCCCGUCCUGUCGUUGACGUGUACUACCCGCCUCCUGCAGGCCCACCACCGCCGCCUUCCCUUCCUCCUCCCUCCAUCCCAUCGAACGCAUGGCAUCCCUUACCGCCAUCUUCACCUCCACACUCGGUGUAUCCGCCGCACCAUCCACAGCCUCCACCUCCAGCCAUGAAUCCCCCUCAAUCACUUCCACCAUCUCACGUCGAGCCAUCCAUUGAAGGCGUUGAGAAAUCCAAGGGCUUUUACACUGUCCGCGGCGUCGUGUACCUUGAAGGUCAAGCCCACGAGUCCAAGCUCACCAAGGCCAAACCAUGUGAAGUAUGGAUCGAAGACGAAGAGAGCUGGGUACCAGUCACGAUCACUCGCAUCUUCACGACCACAGUUCACGACACCAACGAAAAGUUCAAGCAUUAUCACGUCCAGCGUCAAGACGACCCCGCCGCCCCGCCCAUCGAAGGCGUGCGGAGCGAUGCGUUGCGGAUUCCGCUCAAUCUUCCCGUGGGCAUGGUCGUGCCGACGGAACGUGACCAGACCGCCGACUUUUUGCAUCGCGUGCAGCAGGUUGUUGCUGGAGACUCGUCGUGCCGAGUUUCUGAGCCAGUUGCUGCGAAAUCUGCUCCCGACUAUGGCGGAUGGGCCACUGUGAGCGUCCGAGUGGUCGACGAAGCCGCAGAAGAAGCGGCGAUCGAGGCCGACGCAAAAGCAUUUCAAGCCCAAACCACCGCGAUUCAAGUGGAACGAGACAACGAACUGCUCAUGGAAGAGAGUUUGCAUGCUGACAAUGCUAUGGGCGCGUUUAAUCCGUGGGGAGGGCGAUACAAAGGCAUUGCACUGGACGAGACCAGCAAGAACGAUCCUGAAGAACAAGACAAUGAAGGAGGAAGGGGUAAAGCCAACCACGUGGUGGCAUUUCAUGUCAAAAAAGGCAAGCGGGCCAACGGCAAGAGACGGGUAGCAGACGACGCAUGAAACUUACGAGGUCAAAGGGCUGGUGUGGCUAUGUACUGUAUUAUUCCCCAUCUUCCUGUACCCACGACAGUACCAAAAUACAGUUGUACUAUACCCAGUUUUAGGCUUGUAGAAUGAUAAUACAAGGACGUCAUGCAAC